CACCUGGAGACACGGACGGGACGCUUCGUGGUGGUGGAGCUGGUGGCUUGCAACGUGCUGCUGCCAGCUGUCAGGAAGAUGGCUGAUCCCGACUGGAUCAACCUGCUGCUCAUUGGGGCUUUCUCCAAGAAGCCCCGUGGGGAGAAGCCACCACCUGCACCUCCAGUGCCCCGUUGCUCUCCAGUGCAGAUGGAUGCUGCUCCUGCUGGGCUGCCCUCCUUCCCCAGGGCCAUGGAGAUGACCAAGCAGGAGAUGGGGGUUGCUGGUGAGGAGGGAGAGGACAUGGUGAGCAGGCUGUGCCACGCAGAGGAGCCCUUGCUCUGCUCACGAGCCCUGGGUGUGCUCUUCCCCUGCGAGGGUUUGGAGCUGGAGUCCCCCGCGCCUGAUGCCGGCCAGGACGUGGACCUUUUGGCACCAUCACCCAGCAGGGAGAUCCCCAGUGAGCUCCUUCAGGACACCUCCACAGUGCUGGAGGGGCAGGCUGCUUCAGAGAAUGGUAUGGGAGACCUGGAGGAGGGCAUGGCCAUGGCCUCAGAUGCUGGCCUGCUCCCCACCUCUGCUGUUCUGCUGAGCUCCUGCCCUGACAUCCAGAUCGACCCAGCAGUUGAGAAGGAAGAGGAAAGCCUAGAUGUCCUCAAGAAGUCCUCAUCACAGAGGCCCUCCAGUUUGGGGAAAGAUCUAGGACCAGCAGAGGGCCCACUACAAAGCUCCUCAGACCCCAGGCAGACUCUACCACUGCUGUCAUCCUCCCCAACAGCUUCCAUCAGCACCUUCAGCUUUGAGCCCCUCAGCAGCCCUGAUGGGCCAGUUGUCAUCCAGAACCUGCGCAUAACUGGAACCAUCACUGCCCGUGAGCACAGCGGGACUGGCUUCCACCCCUACACCCUCUACACUGUGAAGUAUGAGACGGCCCUGGAGGGUGAGGGCACGGGCAGCCUUCAGCAGGUGGCCUACCACACUGUGAACCGCCGUUACCGGGAGUUCCUCAACCUGCAGACCAGACUGGAGGAGAAACCGGAGCUCCGCAAGUUCCUGAAAAAUAUUAAAGGCCCAAAGAAACUGUUCCCUGAUCUCCCCUUUGGAAAUAUGGACAGCGAUAAAGUGGAAGCCAGAAAAAGCCUGCUAGAAUCUUUCUUGAAGCAAUUGUGUGCUGUCCCUGAGGUUGCCAACAGUGAGGAGGUGCAGGAGUUCCUCGCCCUCAACACUGAUGCCAGGAUUGCGUUCGUCAAGAAGCCCUUCGUUGUCUCCAGGAUAGACAAGAUUGUUGUCAAUGCCAUCGUGGACACCUUGAAGACAGCGUUCCCCAGGUCAGAGCCUCAGAGCCCCACGGAGGAUCUUAGUGAGUCUGAAGUGGAUGGGAAAUCUCAGACAGAUGGGAAGAAGGCAAACAGGUCCAGGCUGAGGUUCUCAUCUGGUAAAAUCACUCCGGUGCUGAGCGUGGGCGAAGCGCACGACAGGAUCGUGUACUCCAUCAGGGAGGGCAGCACUGUCUCUGGCACUCUGUCGCUGGCUGCUAUGGAGUCCUUCAUCCAGAAGCAGGAGAAGCUGCUGGAGACAGUCCCCAACAAAGCUCCCGAAGGCGAGGGAAGCAGAGAAGCUAAGGAAAGCUCUGUGCAGGAGGAUACAGAUGGGCUGGGCACGUCAGAAAGAGACUCCGAGACAGCUUUGGCUGACCUGGCACUGGAUGUGAUUCGUGUGCUGCUGAUGGAUCACUGGAGCUGGCUGUGCACAGAGAACGUCCAGAAGGUCUUCCACCUGCUCUUUGGGACCCUCAUUCAAAGGUGGCUGGAAGUCCAGGUGGUUAACCUGACCUGCACUCAGCGCUGGGUCCAGUACCUCCAGUUGCUACAGGAAUCUAUCUGGCCUGGAGGAGUUUUACCAGCAGUCCCCAAACCAGCCAGGACAGAGGAACAGAAGAAAGCAGCAGCAGAGCAGGCCCUGCAGAGCCUGAUGGGAAUCUUACCUAAUGUGAUCCAAGAAAUCCUUGGAACCAGUAAAUGUCGAAUGAGCUGGAGCCUGGUACUGGAGUCUCUGGGCCAGCCUGUGAUAAACAGGCACCUGGUUUUCUGCCUCUUGGACAUUCUGCUGGAGUUCUUGGUUCCGAAGGGCUCCAGCAAUGAGCUGGAGACAGCAGCUGUGGCACCAUCUGUCUCUAGAGGCCUGGACAAAGCAGGCAUUUCAGCACACUGACCAGGGCUGGGGUGGCCAGCAGUGGAGGAGAGGAGCAGCCCCAGGCUUGGGAUGAUUUGAUUUUCAGUGUUUACUGAAUGUGUCUGGGAGCUUCUUGUAAAGAAUUUUUCCAGCCAAUGCUAAAUGAGUCUGCUUCCAGGCUUCUCUGGUUUGGCUGAG